AUGGAAUACGCGAAUUCCAGAAGUUCGCAAGUCGCUAUGAUCAAAAGGACUAUUGGAAUCAAUUAUCGUCAAGAGAAUAUGCCAUUCACUGCUGAUGCUAUUAUUAAAAAUCCUCUUGCUAUUUCUAGUCUUUUCGGUGUUUUGGGUAGUGAAGUUGAUGCUACAGCUCUUUCCAUAGAAACUUAG